AUGGCUUUUCCUCAGAAGAAUCCACAAUCCUCACCUGAUCAACUCCCUCAGACCCACAGUGAGACACAGGGCCUGGAGGUUGCACAGGAGUCCAAGGCUCUGGAGGAGGCCUCUCUCUCCUCCCAUCCUGAAAUGCCUGGCAAUCUGAAGGAGGCUCCUGAUGCUGCUAUCCCCAGUACCUCUCAGAGUGCUCAGAGUUCCUCCUCCUCAAUUGUCACCACAGUCUCAUCAUCAAGAAAAUAUGGUGAGGGCUCCAGUAGAGAAGAGGAGGGGGAUAGCACCUUAGAGGCAGAUCCAGACCCCAAGAAUGUGCCCAAGGAUGCUGAAGAUGAAAAUGUGGCUUCAUUGGUGAAUUACCUCCUAUUCAAGUAUCAAAUAAAAGCGAUAACAACCAUAGAAGAUAUGUUGAAGAUUAUCAGCAAAGAGUAUGAAGACCACUUCAUUGAGAUGUUCCAGAGAGCAUGUGAACGCCUGGAGAUAAUCUUCGGCCUUGAUGUGAAAGAAGUGGAUCCCUACAACCACUGCUAUGCCAUCUUCAUCAAACUGGGCCUCACCUAUGAUGGGAUGCAGCAUGGUGAAGUCGGUGUGCCUAAGACUGGUAUCCUGAUACUCAUCCUGGCUGUGAUCUUCAUGAGGGGCAACCGUGCCACCGAACAGGAAAUCUGGGAUGUUCUGAGUGUGAUGGGGUUAUAUUCUGGGAAGAAGCACUAUAUCUUUGGAGAGCCCAGGGAGCUCAUCACCAAAUAUUUCGUGGAGGAGGAAUACCUGAAUUACCGGAAGGUGGCCAACAGUGAUCCUGCACAAUUUGAAUUUCUGUGGGGCCCAAGAGCCCAUGCUGAAACCACCAAGAUGCAAGUCCUAAAGUUUCUGGCAAAGGUUCAUGGGACUAUCCCAUGUGGUUUCCCAUCUCAGUAUGAAGAAGCAUUGCGAGAUGAAGAAGAGAGAACCCGAGAAAAAGUUUGGGCCAUGGAUUUCGACUUGCAUGGCCCCUCCCAUUUCUAA